AUUUAGAGCUUGCGCGGAGAAUUCGUAUUCAAAAAUAAAUUAUUGAUCUAAAUUUAGCAGUUAAUAGUUAGAAAUCUCCUCCAGUAUUUUACUAAAAUGUUGAUACAAACAAUAAUAGUUUGCUCAUUGGCGUUUGCAAAUGCAAAAGAUGCAAAUGUCCUUAUGACCGAAGUUUUUGCAAUAGCUCUAGAUCCUCCAAUGUUUAACUGGACAUACGAAGGUAUAAAAGAUCAGUUUGUAUAUCAAGCCUCGUUAUUAGAUGCCCCAGAUUUACCUUCGUGGAUAAAUUAUCUUUAUAGUGAACAACAUCGAUCUGGUUUUUUAUAUGGAGUACCUCCCAAAGUUAUCGACAAUAUUCCAUUAGAAAUAGUAGCUCUCAAUAAGAAAACGUAUGAAACUAGAGUAGAAAAUCUCAAUAUCGUCAUUUCCGAAAAACUGAAUUCAGCUAAAUACGAGGUACACCUUAAAAUUGAUAAUUUGAAUGUUGAAGAUAUGUUUGAUGUGGUUAGAAUGGAAUCAUUAAAAAACGUUUUCCGCAAAGAGUUGUGGAAAAACAGCGCUUUCGAUUUAUAUGUUACUCUACUUAAUUCGGCAGUAGAAUUAGGUGCUAGAAAACCACCUAAUCCAAGAGAAGGAGAAGGAGUGGUAAUAAGAUUAGGUAGUGAAACAGCAUUUUCUACUGAACUGAUAGAACUCCAAAAAGAAGUUACACCACUUUCAAAUUUACCAUCAUGUCCGAGAGAUUUUAAAAAGACUUCAGUCGAGAGAUAUUUUAGAGAAGCUGGAUUUGUGUUAGAUUGGUGUUCAUUCCAUUUGGUUGAUAAUAAUAAUUCCGCCAUGCACCGAACUAAUGAAAUAGUAAAAGAUGAUUACUAUAUGCAUGGUGAUGUAUGGCAAUCGAUAUCAAAAUUUGAUGUACCACAAAGAAGUUAUUAUAAUGAACUUAUGGUAUCUCUGUUAGUUCCGGUGUUAAUACUAAUUAUUUUAGGAUUAUUCCUGUCUUUUUUACUAUGUUUUCAUCACGACGAAUUGGAAGACGAAGAGAGUGAAAUUUAUUUUCACAACUUAUUUCAUAUUUGUAUGGAUUACUAUUAUGAUCAUUAUAUAUAUAAAAGGGCUAGUCAUAUAUAUGACAUGACUUCCGAUCAAAUCAGCUAUUCAGAAACAAUACACAGACCAUCAGAAUCUAUAAGAAGUUUUAACAGAGAAACUACACUUUCACCGGAUCUUUGCAGCCACUCAAAUAGUCCUAAUUCAACUAUGAACCGUGGGGUACACUGUAGACCUAGUCCUCCUCCGUAUGUUAAACCCAGAGGUACUCCAGAUUUGUGACAACAAACCGAUCUCUUAGAAAAGACUUGGUAUUGUUAAAUCCCACAAAAAAAAACAUAUUUAUUCAACUAGUAGUUGCUAGAUUGUGAGCAAAAAGAAGAUUUUGGUUUUUGUAUAGUGUUGUAUUAUAAUGAUUUAUGGAUUCUAGACUAUUAGUAGCUCUUGAACUAUUAUGGAGAAAAGUAUUCGGGACUGUUCAGUAGCUCCUACAAUAUCAUGAAAAAAAAAGGAUUUUGGACUUGUUGAGUAGCUCCAGAAAUGUUAUGACAAUAGGAGGAUUCUGAACUGUUUAGUAGCUCCUACAUAUCUAAAAAGAAGGAUUGUUGACUAUUAGUAGCUCCUGCAAUAACAUGGAAAAAGAAAGGUACUGGACUGUUAGUAGCUCCGUCAAAAUUAUGGAAAAAGAAGGAUUCCGGAAUGUUCUAAUAGGUCCUGCAAUAUCAUAGAAAAGAAAAGGAAACAGGACUGUUCUAGUAGCUCCUGCAAUAUUAUGGAAAAAGAAGGGGUUAUGGACUGUUACUAGCUCCAGCAAUAUUAUAGAAAAAGAAGGGUUUAGUAGCUCCAGCACAGUUAUGGAAAAAGUAGGAUUCUGGAAUGUUCUAGUAGCUACAGCAAUGGAAAAUGAAGGAUUCCAGAUGGUUUAGUAGAUAAUGCAAUGUAAUGGGAAAACAAGUAUACUGAACUGUUAGUUGCUUCAGCAAUGUUACGGAAAA